AUGCCCGAUCUCGCAUUUCUUAUCAGAGGCAAAUUCUUCCCGCCCAAGCAAAUCACGACGACUUUCGAAGGAAAGACCGUCGUUGUGACUGGGUCGAACACCGGCGUGGGUCGUGCAAUCGCACUCAAAUAUGUCCAACUCGCCGCGUCAACCGUCAUUCUAGGGGUCAGGAGUCUGCAGAAGGGCGAAACAGCAAAAGCGCAGAUUGAAAAAGCGACCGGCCGGACAGGUGUUAUUCGAGUAUGGCAAUUGGACUUGGCUAGCUUCGGAAGCAUCGAUGCCUUCGCCAAACGAGUCGAGAGUCUGAACAGGGUCGAUGUCGCUGUUCUUAACGCAGGCGUCUUUCCGAGUACUUUCAAGCGAUCUGAGGAUGGCUGGGAGACAAAUCUCCAAGUCAAUACUCUUGGGACUGCGCUCUUAGCGAUCCUCCUCACUCCAAAGCUACUAGCAUCCCGUACUGCAGAGUCGCCCGCACAUCUAGUUGUAGUUGCAUCGUCAGGGCACAUCGACGUGCAGCUAAAACCCGAAAACAAAAAUCAGCUCCUCCAUGAAUACAAUAGCGACCUUGGCGUGGGACUAUAUUUUCAGCAUUUGUCCUCGAAGCUGUUCAUGAUGUGGAUAACAAGAGAGCUGGCGUAUCGCUGUGUCGAUUCCAAUGGCAAACCAACAGUGAUUGUGAAUGAUGCAUGUCCUGGUUCAUGCCGUUCUGACGUACUAAGAGAGUUCGACGGCACCCUGUUGGCCGUCGCCAAGGGCAUCUUCUCUUACCUGGUUUUGAGACCUGCGGAAUAUGGUGCUCGCGUGGUUGUUGGCGCAUCCACUUUAGGGGAGGAUUCGCAUGGAAGGUGGUGGUCUGCAGAUGGAAAUUACAGGCCACCUGGCAAGUACAUUACAAGCGAUGAAGGCAAGACCUUGCAGCAGGCAAUGUGGACUGAAGUUGUUUAUAUUCUUGAGGAUAAAAUUCCCCGAGUUAAGGAUAUAACUGCAAGUUUAUUUGAGCGGAGGCCUUUGUAG